AUGGAUGAAUGGCAAUAUGUAUCUCAAACUCAUCGACACCUACCCCCCGCCUCGGCGUAUAUCUCCGCGUUCCUCACACCCUCCGGAACAAGAUUCCUGCUCCUGCACCAGCCGCCUCAGCUUCCUUCGACGGGGACUGCGGGGUCCGGCUCGUCGCUGCUCGGCUCGUCCUUCUCCGUUGGUGGCGGGAGCUCGUCCCGUGCGUCGAGUAGCUCGAUCGCGGCGAAUCCGACCUCGCCGCAGACGGAGGAGGCCGUGCGGCAGUUCAUGAACGAGGUGUAUGAGAAUUAUGUCAAGACGGCCAUGAGUCCGUUUUAUCGGCAGGGGAUGGAGAUCCGGAGUCCGGCGUUUCGGGCCAGGGUUGUGGCUGCGGGGAAGAAGUGGCUGUGA